UCACGCCAAGGAAGAGAAGCAUGGCUCUGCUGUCGCAAGUUUUGCAGUGCCAAAGUGAUCGUGGUCGAAGGGACGGUGAGGGAAUUGGAAGGCCACGUGGAGAACUGUGCGCCAAGCUCACAACAAGAGCUAGAGCGCAACAUGCUCCGAGCUAGCACCAAGCGGAAGGCAGUGGAAAGCCUGGAUGCGCGCCCUGCCAAGGUUCUCCGGCGGUGUCUCGGCGAGAGUCAAUACGAGAACAUAGAUAUCGGGGACACAAAACUGAUUCGGCGCUCAAUUUACCGGCAACGGCGCAAGAAUAUUCCCGCAUUGCCUAAAUCUCACGACAGUGCGUUAGAGGCAUUCCGCACCAUGGAACUGACAACCAAGACCGGGGAGAAGUUUGUGCACGUCAGUAGGUUACUUGUGGCUGAGGUCAAGAUGCGCCACCACCUGCAAUCAAGAACGUGCGCAGAAAAAGUCUUCUCUUUUUAUGCUCAGCUAAUUUGGUAA